UAUUAUUGUGAUGAGAUGUUUGGCCGUGGAUUUCUAUGGUGGAAAUCGCAAACUUGGAAAAAGAAAAAAAAGAAAAGGAAAAGCCUUUCUCUCUCACUCCUCUCUCUCUCUCUCUCUCUCUCUCUCUCUACUUGUGCUGGUCUGCUGAAGCCUUUACUCACCUUCUUCCCCAGCAAGAGAACGGAGGAGAGAGAAAGCGAAGGAGGGCGGGAGGGAGGAGGAGAGAGAGAGAGAGAGAGAGACUGUGUGAGAGAGUUAGGACCACGACGUACCACGGCGCACGGUAGCACCAGGCGCCCUCUUUCCAGCUCUGGUUCGGUCGCUCCAUGGAGGAUUCUUCUCUCUCUUGUUUCUCUCUCUGCCAAGAUCGGUUUGAUUUCAAGUCCAAGAAGAAGAAGAGGAGAGGGAUUCAUCGGUUGAAGAUGCUCUGGAUUAUGAGAUUCUCGGGGUUUUUCUCCGCGGCAAUGGUGAUGAUUGUUCUCUCUCCUUCAUUGCAAUCGUUUCCUCCGGCCGAAGCCAUUCGAUCCUCUCAACUUGACGAUUACCUCCGGUUACCGGAGCAUACAUCCCCCGUCGGUUCGCCCAGUCGAUUUUCGUUCCGAAAAGCGCCGCCAUUUCGCAAUGCCGGAGAAUGUGGUUUCAGCGACGGGAAGAAAACGAGCGUCUGCGAUCCGUCGCUGGUCCACGUUGCGAUCACUCUCGACGUCGACUACCUCCGUGGCUCAAUCGCGGCCGUGCAUUCGAUUCUCCGGCACUCCACCUGCCCCGAGAGCAUUUUCUUUCACUUCCUCGUCUCCGAAACCAAUCUCGAAACCCUAGUUCGAUCCACUUUCCCUCAGUUGAAGUUCAAGGUCUAUUACUUCGAUCCGGAGAUUGUGCGGAACCUGAUCUCGACUUCAGUGAGGCAAGCGCUCGAGCAGCCCCUAAAUUACGCCAGAAACUACUUGGCCGAUCUCCUAGAGCCCUGCGUUCGCCGUGUCAUAUACUUGGACUCCGAUCUCGUUGUGGUGGAUGAUAUUUCGAAGCUGUGGACUACGAGCUUGGGCAGCAGAACUAUUGGAGCUCCGGAAUACUGCCACGCCGACUUCACCAAGUAUUUCACGGCUCGUUUCUGGUCGGAUAAGCGGUUUACCGGCACUUUCCGUGGCAGGAAACCGUGCUACUUUAACACCGGCGUGAUGGUCAUAGAUCUGGCGAGGUGGAGGCGGGUCGGGUACACGAGCCGGAUCGAGAGGUGGAUGGAGAUACAAAAGAGCGGGCGGAUUUACGAGCUCGGGUCGCUGCCGCCAUUCCUGCUGGUUUUCGCCGGAAACGUGGCGCCGAUAGAGCAUCGGUGGAACCAGCACGGACUGGGAGGGGAUAACGUCCGAGGUAGCUGCCGGGAUCUUCAUGCGGGUCCGGUGAGCCUCCUCCAUUGGAGCGGCAGUGGGAAGCCUUGGCUGAGGCUAGACUCCAAGCAACCCUGCCCAUUGGACGCUCUUUGGGCACCGUAUGAUUUGUACGGCCAUUCACGGUGAAUGCCCAACGGCGAUCGUACUUACUCGCCGGUAAAUUCUUCUUUUGUUCCUCAAUUCUGUUCUUUCAUCUCUCAAUUCGCAUUUUUUUUUUGGGUUAAAAUUUUCAUUAUUUUGUGUUCUUUCCUCCUAUUAUGAUCUACCCAUUUUUCUUGAUUUUACUUUUACCUGUUGACUACCAUCUUCGCCAUCGUCACCACCACACCACCAGAUCAUCAUCUCAUCUCAUCUCAGGCUAUUUGUAUUCUAUUCUAUUCUAUUGGAGAAUAAAAAGAAGGAAAAAAAAAACAAUAUUCAAUUUGUUAUUGCUCAAA